UAAUUAAUGUGUGUUGCAGAUCGAAUGGCUGGUGAGAGCAGCGGCACCACCGUCGGAGCGGGCAGCGGCCGCUGGCACAGGCAAAACAACUCCCCAGCGCACCAGUCUGCCAACAACAAUGGGACGUGUGCAGAUAUGUGAUGCUGGGAGGGCCAUCAGCAGACGGCCACCGCUGCUGCUGGCCUGAUCCGCCGCGCCAUGACGGCGGCCAAGUCGCCCUUCGCCAGGUUGCGCGCAGCCAAGCCCCUCAGGAUCAUGGUGCUCGGCCAAGGGGGCGUCGGAAAAUCAGCUUUGGUGGUGCGAUUUAUAACGAGGCGAUUCAUCGGCGAGUACGACCCUACCCUUGAGAAAAUGUACACUUUCAACCCCACCGUUGACAACGAGGUGAUCCCCUUGGAAAUUCUAGACACCGCCGGUCAGCCACAUGAAAUGGAGUGUCCCGGCUUGGAAGCAAACAUCAGGUGGGCGGAUGUGUUUAUUCUAAUGUACUCCGUGACAGAUAAGUGCUCCUUUGACGAGUGUUCACGCCUCAAGUUCCUCAUCAACUACAACAAAAGAAGGCGGCGACUCUCCUCGUCGGCCAGGACAGAGCCGCCCGUUUUGCUUGUGGGGAACAAGACGGAUCAAAUUGCAGACAGGAUGGUCUCUUUUGAAGAUGGCCAGAAACGUUUUGCAGACAUUGGCUGCGUUUCCUUCCACGAGAUCUCAGUGCGCGAAAACAUUGAAGAGGUGUGGGACGUUUUCCGAGACGUUGUGCGCAGGUGGCGGUCGCUGGCCAAGUGUCCACGCCUCAAAAGGUCGACCAGCGAGGUGCCCUCGCAGUCCAGCAGCUCCCCAAGUCCCAACAUUCCGUCUCAACAAGAAAUAGGUUCAGGACUAAUUGCUUGCAUUUGUUGCGGGAUUGACAGGAGGGCGGCGGUGGGAGGAGGCGCCGUUCCGAGACCGGGCCAGCACCGACGGCACCCUCCACUCGAGACCUCGCUGGCGCCAACAGGCCCCUCCAAGUCCCUCAGGGGCGCCCUUGCUCGAGCGACGCAUGAGCAUUUCGAUGCGCGGCUCGCCCAUCGACAAUUAAAAACGCAUUUGCUUGCACUCGAGCAGCAUCGGCAACAAGACACGCCAAGACGCGCCACCAGACGCACCUUUCAAAAGUUUUUCUUCUUCAAAAAACCGUCCGAAAAAUACUAAAAUAAAACCUGGCAGCACUUGA